UCGUAGUUACACAAUUUGUUUUGACCAUAUAUUCAUGCUACUCCAUACUUCUUGUUGAACACAGAGCAAAAGCAUUGGACUUUUUCGUUUUUUCUUGCCAAAUGUCUUCCAACAUUUAUGAUGACAUAAACUUGAAUGUGAGAUACACCAAGGGAGCGAGAGAGGACAGGGGACAGAGAGAGGAGAGACUUGUCGACAUCUACGAUAGUGCGGGCACCGAAGAUCGAGUUCUCAAACAGGAUGGAGGAGCACGCAGUGAAAAUCAUCCUCCAUCCGUCCAAAGAACCCGCGUCAGAGCUGCUGCACUGACUUUAGGUCUGCUGUGUCUCCUGCUGCUGGUUGGAGUCAUUGUCCUGUCCACACUCCAUAUUUCAAUGCAGACCAAAAUUGAGGAGCUGCAGACCAGAAAUGAGGAGCUGCAGACCAGUGUUGAGGAGCUGCAGACCAGUGUUGACAAGCUGAAGAACAGUUACUGCUCGGAUACAAAUAACCAGACAGGAUGGAGGAGAUUAGGAUGCCGUUGUUACUUCAAAUCUACUGAGGUGAAGAACUGGACAGAGAGCAGGAGAGACUGUCUGGAGAGAGGAGCAGAACUGGUGAUAAUAGGCAGCAAAGAAGAACAGGAUUUUACUAGUGAACUGAGUAAAGCUGAAACUUCCUGGAUCGGUCUGCGGGCAGUGACAAACAAAAAGCGUUGGGUUGAUGAAUGGAAAUGGGUGGACGGCUUACAUCCCACAUUCAGUGCCUGGAAGAGUGGCCUGGACAUAAAACCUCUGCACGGGGCUCUGUCCACAGCAUAUGUAGAUCUGGACGGAACAUGGACACAAACCAACAAUGGAUCUAAAAGAUGGAUCUGUGAGAAACAGAUCUCCUUUGUGUGAGAUGCUAUUUGAUUGUGAUGUAAACCCUUUGAUGCAUGCCAUUUUGACUUCUCUUUUUCCAAUCAUUCUAGCUGUCCUCACAUUAAAACCUAUAUAAUAAAGGCAACCAUGAGAAAAUGAACUGUCCUGAAUCACUCAGAAGGGGAAACUGUACAAAAAGAAUAAUGCUAAAAAAGGUCAGAGAGAUUCCAAAAUGAAAAAGGAUCCAACAUUGUACCAUUACUAGAUUUGGUUUGAUGGAAGCAGUAAAGCAAAUAUCAGCGUGUCACAAUAAUCAUUUCAGGCCUGAACUACAGUAGUGAAAAUACUGUAUGUUAUUGUCAGGGUUGGGAGGGUCAUUUUGACUGUUUUGUUAAAAGAUCUAGUAUAAUCCAGACAUCAAAAUAAGAAAGCAACUUCAAUUGAUAUGUUUAUGUUACUUUUGGAUUACCUCAAUAACAAAGAUGCAAAUUAAAACAGGAGAAAAUAAAUAUAGGUAAGAUGACUUUGAUUUAAACAAAAAUGUUAAUUAGCUUUUUAGGCUUCAGUGAUACUUUAAGCAGUGUUGUUGUUUGGAGUGUGCUGCACGGGUUGACUCAGUAUCAAAAUAAAAGUUGGAGAAUAACUUUUCUUCCUCAAACGUUGUUGAAAAUGUUUGAUGACUUGUUUAGAUAUAUAGAUAAGAUACUUUAUUUAUUCCAAAAUUGGGAAAUGAUUUUGUUCAAGGAGCAGUGUCAAGUAAUACACAAGUUACAUUUU